AUGCUGCAGCUCAUCUCCAUUGUGCUCUUGGCUGGUCUCCUCAUGGCUAUCCUUGUCAAAGGCUCUGGGGUUUCUAAAUACCAAGAACAUGAUCUGGAAAAGCAACACAUCCUCCAGAAACUGGACCAGCUAAAGGCUGGACUAGACCACCUAUGUCGCCACUGCCCCUGGGACUGGACCCUCUUCCAAGGAAACUGUUACUUAUUCUCCACAUUCCAAAAGAAUUGGAAGGAAUCUGUUACUGCCCGCAAAAACAUGGGAGCCCAACUAGUUGUCAUAAAAAGUAAUGAGGGGCAGGAACCCAACAACGACUAUGGCAAUGAAGAUUGUGCAGUAAUUUCAAAUGAUGGAUGGAAUGAUAUCUCAUGUUUAGCUAUGUCAUUUUGGAUCUGCAAGAAACCUGUAUCGCCUUGCUCUACGUGA